AUGCUGCUCUACCACUCGCUCGCUGCCGCUCUUGCGCUCCCGGCCCUCUCUGCCGCCCAAACACUACCCACAGAUCUCGUCGGUACAUGGACGACAAAGUCAAAUAAGACUAUAACUGGCCCUGUACGUACACUGCGGCUGGACGCUGUCUUUUGAGCCACGUGCUAAUGCAGGUGCGAUCGCAGUCCUUCUACGACCCGCUCAAUGAUAAGUUCACAGAGCCAGACCGAACAGGAAUCUCAUACUCCUUCACCGCAGAUGGCCACUUCGAGGAGGCAUACUACCGAGCGAUCGCAAAUCCACAGGAUCCAUCAUGUCCAUCAGGAAUCAUGCAGUGGCAGCACGGGACAUGGAUCAUGAACUCGAAUAAUAGCUUGAGCUUGACGCCGAUAGGGGUGGAUGGGAGACAAUUACUCAGUGAGCCAUGCAAGUACAGUAAGGGAAUCUACACGCGGUAUAACCAGUCGGAACUCUUUGAGGUAGGAAGAAACACUGAGAAGUGAACGAUGAGGAAGUAUUGACAUUAGAGGACAGAAAUACGAGGUCCUCCAAGACCCGUACCACAACAUCCCCCGACUGAAUCUCUACCAAUUUGAUGGUUCGCCCAUGGCACCCAUGUACCAGGUCUACAAGCCACCGGAGAUGUUGCCCACCACAACCCUCAACCCUACUAACACGGCAAGUGCAACAGCAACCGGAAAAGCAAAGCGAAGUCUUGACCGCGAGGUGCCGCUGAACUGGAAGCUCAAAUUCGAGGACCACGAAACCCGCCAAAUGGUUCAGCGCAUCAAUGCGGACAGGCUCUGGUGGGUCGGCCUUGGAUUCACUGGCAUUGGCGGCUUGCUGUACUUUGGACCACGGAGACUGGGCCUGCGGCUGUGA